AUGGGCUGCUCGCCAUCCAAGGGCCGCCACAAUUUAACUGGGUCCCAGGGCCCCUUUCGCAGGGGCAGGACGCUGCUGCCGGGGUCCCGGGAAAGCCUUGGGGAGUCGCCGUCGGACGCCGGGGGAAGCGGAGGCUCAUCCUGUCUGGGGCAGAUUAAUGGAGCGGGAGCGGGAGGAAUUCAGAAUGUCCUCUCGCAGAAGGACACCCUUGGUGGGGGGCCCUCCCUUGUCGAGGUGGCCCUGAAGGGCGCUUACCCGGACAAAUUAAGCGCCCAUGAAAUCAAAAUUAACAUGAUCCCUCAGGGGAGCGAGGCGCAGGGGGACGCGUCGGGGAAAAAAGGCGCCCGGAAGUCAAAAAAGAACAAAGGAAGCAAGCCGGGCAAAAAGAAAGACAAGGACAAAAAAGCCCCGGCCGUCGAGGCGAAAGUGGACUUCCCCGAGCCGCUGGUGAAAGCGCAUCAGGCCGCCUACGCCUAUCUGAACCCCAGCAUCGCCAAAUACGAGGUUCUGCUGGGCCUUCUGGACCAGGCGGCCCAGACCCAUCUCUCCCUGCAGCCCAUGACCACCUUCCUGGCGCUGCGCUACGAGGAGGUGAACUGCGGGCUGAAGGAGAUGGCCGAGGAGGGGGAGGGGCUCCUGAAGGAGAGCGGGGAGCAUUUGGCCUGGCCCUGCCCGCUGAAGAACCUCUCGACCACGUCCUCCAAAGCGGGGGACGCUGCUGAGCCCCCGCCGGACCUCCUGCAGCAGCUGCUCCAGUACACCGCGCAGAGGAUGAGGCUGGUCGGUCGCUCGGUCGGCGGGAUCGGCGACACCGCUCUGGAGGAGGUGGUGGAGUACUUCGCCUCGCUCUCCGAGCUGCUGGACGAGAAGCUGAAGACCAAGCGGGUUCUGGAGGCCCGGCUGGGCCAGGUCCUGGCCCGAAUCGAGUCGGCGGCCCUGCGCAAGCCCGGCCCGGAGGACUCGGCCCUGUACAGCGAGGACAGCGGCAUCGGGGCGGAGAGCGAGUCGUUGGCGGGGUCCGAGCGGCCACAGAACCGGCGGGAGAGCUGUGAGUCCACCAGCACGACCCGUACGGGGACCGGCAGCCCCUCCGUAGGGGGGUCCACCCCCACCCGGCGGGCGGGGACCAUGAGCGCCAGCGGCUCCCUCACCUCCUUAGACUCCACCUGCACCCUCACCGCCAAAGACACGCGGGACACUGAGUCCCUGCUGGGGUCAGCCUCUCUGGAUGACGGUGAGGGGGAGGAAGAGGAGGAUGAAGAGGAGCACGAUUAUGAUGAAGGCGCAGACAGGCAGGCAGGCAGGAAGCGGUCAGACUCCUCCCCGGCCGACCCGUGCCAGCUGCCCCGCCGCUUGCCCCCGAAGCGCAUCGAGAACCCCCAGAACGUGGAGAUGACGCUCAAGAUGAAGGAUGCCAUCAGUGGGCGGAUCCGCUUCUUCCACUCGCAGCAGGCUGGCGUCAGAGCGAGCAUGCAGGCCGGCGGCAGUCCUCUCAACGGCGGGCAGCAGUGGACGGAAGAGGAGGAAGGGCAGCGACAGCCCAAACGGCCGCAGACCGCAGCCCCCGGCAACAGGGGGCCCAGAAAAAAGGCCUUGGUGGCUAGGGAGCGUAGAUCUCGCUCUGCUGAGUCCCUGAGGAGUAAAGCGGAGGACCCCACGCUACUGGAACUGGAGAGGACGCAGAAGGACCUGAGCCAGCGGCUGGAGAAGAUGGGCAAGGGCGGGGCCGGGGGAACUUCCCGGGGAGCGGGGCCUAAACGGGGUGGAGGAGAGCAGCCCCAGGCACCUCACAGCCCAGCGGCUGGACGUUUCAGCUCCUCUCUGGACAGGAACAGCGCUUCCAGGCCCAGCCGGGACAAAGCGGCCUCGAGGAGGCACUCCUCUGGAGAGCACGGGGCGGCGUCCGAGGACGACGAACGGAAGAAGAAAGAAAAGAAAGCGGGAAAAGAACCCCUGAGGGCCACCCCUCCACCCGUGACCCCCCCACCCUCGCCCGGUGAGCCCUCGGGCUUACUCAGGGGCCGGAACUCUGUCAAACGGCUCAUCGACACCUUCAGCCAGGGGCUAGAGGAGAAGCGAAGGACCCCGAAACUACUUGCACCCCUCAGAGGGGUCCGGAAGUGCGGGGUUCCAGUUAUCCCUGGCCUGGAGGGUUUGGAAGUUCCCCCGGGUGACAGUCCCACCAGCAGCCGAGCAGACUCCAGAGCCUCUGACAGAACCGAGGACCUAGAUUUGGAUAGUCUUCCACCUCCUCCCCCCGAGGUGCUGAUGGACACGUCGUUUGAGAGUGCCCAGGGGCUCACCAUGAGCGACAGUGGGGACGGUGUAUCACCGAGGAGAGGCCGCACCCUUCUGCCUCAGAGGACGACAGUGACCCAGAGGCUACGUGCCUCCAUGCAGCCGGUGACCGUUCUGCCCAGCCGGAACAGCCUCCGUCGGGGGUCCGUCAGCGUGUCCCCUGCCCGUCCCGCCCAACCGGACGCGGACCCCGAGGCCGAGGAAGCAACCACGCUCUACAAGCAGGCCCGUAAAAUCAUCCACCUGCGUCACUCCGAGGAGCCCCCACCCGACAAACCCCAGGUUGACUCAGGCCCCAGGAAGCCCACACCCACAAGGACCAGAGCUGGUGGGAGGAAGGGGGGCAGUGGAGCCACUGACACAGUGCCUUCGACUCCCAGCGUCAACAGCCAGCCGGCUACACCACCCUCCUCCAGAGCCCGCGUGUUACCCACCACCCCCUCCAACCCCUCCUCCCAGCAUCGUAGGCUCCCCAGCCCCCCGACUUUAAAGCACCACCCGACUCCCCCCUCGCCGCCCAGCCCCCCAGCGAACCGAACGCUGCCCACCCCACCUCCUGCAGGACACAGGCAGCUCCCGAGCCCCGGCCAAGUCCGCAAGUCAUUCAGCCCCCCCGGCCCGCAGUGGAAGGCGCCGAGCCCACCCCCGUCGAGGCGAGAGACCACCCCCAAUUCCUCCCUGGCCUCCUACCCGCUCAAGGCCCCGUCGCCCCCGGCCUCGCCCAGGCUGCAGAGGUGGACGCGGGAGGGCAGCAGCGAGGAGACCACCGUCCCCCUGACCUCCCCCGCCGUCUCCCGCAGGUUCAACAACGCCCGGUCUCUGUUCUGCCCGGCCUCGCCCAAGCUGUUCCAGGCUCAGCCCUGCCUGCUGCCCCAGCCCCAGCCCCAGCCCCCCCAGGCCUGGGCCUCGUCCGGCAGCAGCGUGCUGCCCCGGCCCUGGGGGGAGUCCGCUCGCGGGAGGCUCCCCACGUCCGUGCGCGGGCCCCGUCCCUUCGUCCGACGCAGCCAAUCCGACCGGCGGCCCAGCCUGGGCGUUCCCGCCCAGACUCCCGCCGUCUCGGUGGCCCACAGCUGUGGGAGCGAGCCCUCCAUCAGCACCCAUGGGCUGGAGGAUGGACCAACCAGAGAAGAGGAGCAGUGGAGCAGCCAAUCGGAUCUCAGAGCGGCCAACCGCUCUGCCUCGCACCCAGACCUGUGCAUUGUGGGACACGGUCUACAGAGAUAA